AUGCUGCUCAGAGCCGCACGAGCGCCGUGCUGGCGUACGGCGCAUGCAUUCGCAUACCAUCCGAGCUUCGCCGGCCAGCUACGAAGCACGCGACUCAGUGGAACACACUUGCGAGUAUUCACAUCAGACCAAGGUCCAUUACAAAACAAAUCGAUAGACGAGAAAAGUCCCGCAUCUGCGACUGCUGGCCCUGCCUCUACCCCCACUCCACCACAGUUGGAGAACGCCAAUAUCGUCCAGAAGUCGAAAGAAAGCGGCGAUGCGAAGACACCGCCUAAAAAGGACUUGCUGAGCGAGCCUUUGGCCGCGAACAAGGAACAACGAAAGGCCGAUUGGGCUAUUAUGAAGGAAAUGGCUAAAUACCUGUGGCCGAAGAGCUGUCAGAACGACUGGGGUACGAAGCUCCGUGUUAGCACAGCACUUUCACUACUUAUCGGAGCAAAGAUCCUCAAUGUGGAGAUCCCCUUCUACUUCAAGAAUAUUGUCGACUCAAUGAACGUAGAUUUUGCUACUCUCGGUGGAACCGCUUAUACUGUGGCCGGCUCGAUGAUCAUUGCCUAUGGUGUGACACGAAUUGGAGCGACAGUGUUCCAAGAGCUCCGCAACGCAGUCUUCGCUAGCGUCGCGCAAAAGGCCAUCCGGAAGGUGGCGUCAAAUGUGUUCGAGCAUCUGUUGCGACUAGAUCUCAACUUCCAUCUCUCCCGGCAGACCGGAGGUCUGACCCGUGCUAUCGAUCGCGGUACUAAAGGCAUCAGCUUCCUCUUGACUUCUAUGGUCUUCCAUGUGGUCCCGACUGCACUUGAAAUUUCACUUGUUUGUGGAAUUUUGACCUACCAAUAUGGCCUCCAGUUUGCCGCAAUCACUACGACGACAAUGAUUGCAUACACAGCAUUCACUAUUACGACAACCGCGUGGCGGACGAAGUUCCGCAGACAGGCUAAUGCAGCUGAUAACCGUGGAGCAACCGUGGCCGUAGACUCACUGAUCAACUACGAAGCCGUCAAGUACUUCAACAACGAAAAGUUUGAAGUCGCACGAUAUGACAAGGCUCUGAAGAACUACGAAGAUGCAUCAAUCAAGGUGACCACAUCCCUGGCAUUUUUGAACUCUGGUCAGAACAUGAUAUUUUCCUCUGCGCUGGCCGCAAUGAUGUAUUUGGCUUGCAACGGAGUGGCCACUGGUACCAUGACUGUCGGUGAUCUCGUCAUGGUCAACCAGCUGGUCUUCCAGCUCUCGGUACCCCUCAACUUCUUGGGCUCGGUUUACCGUGAGCUGCGUCAGUCCCUGUUAGAUAUGGAGACCCUGUUCAACUUGCAGAAGGUGAACGUCACUAUCCAAGAGCGCCCCGAUGCUAAGCCUUUGCAAUUGACGCGCGGUGGCGAGAUCCGUUUCGAAAACGUUACCUUCGGCUACCACCCGGAGCGACCGAUUCUGAAGAACGCCACCUUCAGUAUCCCCGCAGGACAGAAGUUCGCUAUCGUCGGUCCUAGUGGCUGCGGCAAGUCCACCAUUCUGCGUCUGCUGUUCCGCUUCUACGAUGUUCAGUCUGGCCGCAUCUUGAUUGACGGACAGGAUGUCCGCGAUGUGAGUCUCGAGAGUCUCCGCAAAGCCAUUGGAGUGGUUCCUCAAGACACACCUUUGUUCAACGACACUAUCAUCCAUAACAUUCGCUACGGGCGGAUCGAUGCAUCGGACGAAGAAGUUCGCCGUGCCGCAGAGCGCGCACACAUCCACAAGCUGAUUGAGAAUUUGCCCGACGGUUACCAAACAGCUGUUGGUGAGCGCGGAAUGAUGAUUUCCGGAGGAGAGAAGCAGCGGCUGGCAAUUUCCCGGCUGAUUUUAAAGGAUCCGCAACUUUUGUUCUUCGAUGAGGCAACAUCUGCCCUCGACACCUAUACGGAGCAGGCCCUUCUUCAAAACAUCAACAGCAUUCUUAAAGACAAGAGUCGUACCAGCGUGUUCGUGGCGCACCGUCUUCGUACGAUCUGCGACAGUGAUCAGAUCUUGGUAUUGAAGGAUGGACAUGUGGCGGAGAUUGGCUCGCACCACGAGCUUCUUGGCCGUGACGGUAUCUAUGCUGAGCUUUGGAAUACCCAGGAAUUGUCGCUGGCCCAGGAUGUUGAUCUAGAACGGAGCCAGAGCGAGGAAGAUCCUAAGGCUUGA